AUUUUAACGUUACCAAAACUUAUAUUUUUAAAUCAUUAAUUAUACCUUAAUACGAUUUUUACGUUUGGCGGAUUUCUGGCGUGUUGACGUAACACGCCAGCUGGACGGAUGCGUUUACGUAACACGGCAGUAAUGGCGACGUUCUGAUGAAUGUAGGCGUGAGCGACGAACGGACACGUUUGUAAGCUUAAUAAUAUAUUAAUUGUGUAGAGUCUAAUCGUUAAAGAUGAAGAGACGUGGCGUAGGUGCCAUACAAAAGCAGCAAUUAACUCAGACACGAUUCAGAGACAAGGGAUACGAGUUAGCAGCCGAGCAACUGGAGCAGAUGAGCAAGCAAAUGGAGGCAUUUCGUGAAAAUCUCCAGCAGUUCGCAGAUAAAUACAAGUCUGACAUCCGAAAGGAUCCACAUUUUCGUCGCCAGUUUCAAGACAUGUGCGCCAGCGUGGGCGUGGAUCCACUGGCAUCCAGCAAAGGAUUCUGGGCUGACAUGUUGGGAGUUGGGGACUUCUACUAUCAACUGGGAGUGCAAAUCGUAGAGGUGUGCCUGGCCACUCGCUAUAGGAACGGCGGCAUCAUUCCGCUGGACGAGCUGACCGCGCGGGUCAUCGCUUCCCGCGGCAGAAAGCAGGACGACGUCGGCCCCGACGAUAUUCGGCGAGCCGUCGAGAAGCUGAAGGUUCUGGGCGAAGGCUUCGCCUUUAUACAUACCGGCGGCAGACUGAUAGUGCAGUCCAUCCCGGCAGAGUUGAACGUGGACCACAUGGCCGUGAUCCAGCAGGCAGAGGGUCUGGGUUACGUCUCUGCUUCGGCCCUGGCCAAAGAGAAGAAGUGGUUGGAGCAUCGCGUUCGGACCGCACUGGAGGAUCUCGUAAAAGAAGGACUGGCGUGGGUCGAUGAUAAAGGCGGAAGCGAGAAAUUGUACUGGUUUCCCGGAUUGGUAAAGAAUUUGGACACUUAAAUGUGUGUGAAAUUUGAUACUGGCCUAUAAAUUUUUCUCAAAUAUCUUGUUAUAUAAUUCUGUAUGGAUUGUAAAAUUUUGUAUUCUAACUUAAAUAAUGCAUUGUUUAGGAGGAUUAAGGCCCUACGUAAAUGAUUAUGUUGGCGAAAUUUAAGUAAAAAUUGGUCCUUGUGAAUUUAUAUUGGGAAAGAUCAAUUGUAUUAGCCUGCUUUUAAGAAUAUGGAAGUUACAUGCACUACAUAAAACUGUAACAUCAUCAAAUAUGGUUCUCUGUUUAUAAUAAGUAAUACUGCUUUUGUAAAAUAUUAAAAACAUCUGUUGUUAAUUCAGUAUUUACUACAGUGGUACAUCAGGAUACGAAAUUAAUCCAUUCCGAAACUGAGAUCGUAUCAUGAAAAUGUCGUAAGGUGGAUCAUCUUUUCCCAUACGAUUACAUGUAAAAACAAAUAAUUCGUUCCGACGCGAAAAACAUACU